AUGACCCAGUGUCGCCAUUGCAAGGAGCAAUGCCGACUGCACAAUCGACAACCAAUGGCCGAGAAUUUGCGCCAAGCGAUGGCACCCCAUCUACCGAGCCGGGCCCGAGAUCAGGGAGUGCAGAGCGCCCAGAAAGACGUAAUCGACGAGCUGGCGGCAAAGCUGCGCAAUAAUAUGCGGCUCCCGGAAAAGCCGGAAAUUAUUGAAUUAAAGAAGCUCGAAUCCCCGACCAUCUCGCUGAAUGGCCAAAUUUUCGAGCUGCAGCCGCAGGUUGUCAAUUGGCAAAAUCGCGAAAAACAUGACAAACCUACGGAAUCGGGAGCAGAACCAAUCUACGCUAACCCAUCAGAAGACGAUUGGAGGAAACAAGUCGUCUGGAGGCGAGAGCCAAAAAGCUACCGACCGCCUCCUACUCCUGAAGAGAAGCUGGAGACCGAGCUCCGCCAGCGACGUGACCACCAAAUCAAGGUCUACGCGAAAUUCCUCAAGGAUACAGUAGCUGUUCACGGCAUCAAGCCAGCGGUUUUUGAAUCAUGCACGCAAAUGUGGAAUACGAUUCGUGAGGAGCUGGAGCACAGAAUUGGGCUGAAGACAACGCCGAGUCGGAUUGACGAAGAGCUGAGGCUGUUCGACGAGGCUUGUGAUGCGCUUCUUCGCGUCAAGUUCAGCAAGGGAAUGCUG